UUCCAACAUAGAUCCGCCGCUGUGUCAUACUCCUAGUAUGUUUGAGGUGGAAGUGGAGUGUUGAUAACUUCUGAGGAAAAUUGAUUGUUUUGAAUUAGAAAGAUGAAUGGAUGAUACUCCGGCAUAGGCCAUGGUUGAAGUUGAAGACCACAAAUCGCUGCUCACUCUCUACUUUCUUAACUCAACGGAUCUCCCUCUCCCUCCCUCCCUCCCUCCCUCUGUAAAAAAUACUACUACUACAUUUAUAUAAAUAGAAGUAUUUCAUAAACCCUCUUUAAUUCUUAAACCUCGCCAAACCCAAUCAAACAUAACAUAGCAUUAGCAUAGAAGCGAACCGCCGCGCUAAAACGCCCUCCUUAAUUAAUCCCAGAAAAAGAAGAAGAAGAAGAAGAAGAAAUUCCAAUUUACCUUCCAAGAUGUACUUCGGAUUUCGACGGCUGCAUCGUGUUUCCGAAGUUUUUCCGAGGAUUUCUCCCGGUGCCUUUUACCAGUCCUCUGCCACGGGCAUCAAUGUUUUAACCGACGGCGGCGGCUCUGCAGCUUCAUUAUGCAAGGGGUUUGGUUUAGCUGGCCUUCAUUGGCAGAGGUAUUCAACUCGAUCAAGGAGGAAAGAUAAGGCGGUCAACAAGGACAAUGCUUUGUCCUUUAUUCGGUCUUUGCUUCAUCAGCCCAGAGGACCUUCUCACUUCUGGUUGAAUACGGCUCCAGGAAGGGAAAAUAUGAUUAAGGGAGAUGGGGUUUUCCUAGUUGUUGUUGUUAGAUAUAAUGGAGGAUCAUUUGAGGCUAAUCAAAAUACUACCAAAAUGAUUGAAAAGGCAAAAUCACUUCAGCAGAGAUAUCCUCACCUUCAAGUUAUUGCUUUGCAACUCUGUCCAUCAGUAUGUCUGGAUGAUAUUUCUUCACAUCUUCGGACAAUCACCAAGGAUUACAUUACUUUUCCUAUUUUGUUGUCGAACAAGAAUAUUCCUGAGGACACAAAUGUCCCCUGCUUCUUAUUGUCAAAAGGUUUUCAGAAUCCAACAAUGUACCCUGGAAAGGAUGUGGAUCUUAUGGUUCUUCACAAAGCUAUUAAUGAUUUCAAUGCUGAUAUUAACAAGGACACUAAUGUCGUUGAUGUGAAAAGCACUUGGAACAAGCCCAUUGAAGUUUUUAAGGAACCAGAUGUUUGUUACGCUUCGCGGAACUUAUUGUUUUCCUUCCCAGCAUGCAUUUCAGCUGAUGCGGGUGGCGAUCGGCUAUUCCUUUCUGAUGUUAAUCAUCACAGGAUUAUUGUGCUCAACAGCAAUGGAAAUAUUUUGGAUGCGAUUGGUUCUUCUCCUGGUUUUGAAGAUGGAGAGUUUGAAAUGGCAAAGUUGAUGAGACCGGCAGCUUCUUUCUAUGAUUCUUCUGAAGAUUGCCUAUAUUUCGUGGAUUCUGAGAAUCAUGCCAUCAGGAGGGCUGAUAUGGAGGCGAGGGUUGUGGAGACUGUUUUUCCAGUAAGUGGUGGUAGUCAGGAGAAGGGUUUCUGGGAGUGGAUUGUAGAUAAGAUAUGGAGUAAAAGGAGUAUAAAGAUGAAGUCGGAAGAGUAUGAUCCUGCAUCACUCUUGUUCCCUUGGCAUCUUCUAAAGUCAUCAGAAAAUGAUAUCUUUGUACUCAAUCAAAGCUUUGGAACUCUGUGGAUUGUAGAUUUGAAAUCAGGGCUUAUCAGAGAUGUUAUAGAAGAAUCUUCAAAAAUUUUGGAGAUUUGUGGGCAGAUGAUUCUUGAGAAAUGUGAGCCACUGCGGCAGUUGCCUGCGCAUUGGUUGAAGCAGCAAGUUGAUACAAAUUGUUCGCUGGAGGGAAUCCAAUAUGGCGGUCUAAUGUCAUCAGUUGCCUCUUGUCAGGAUGAUGUGGUAUUCUAUGAUGAAGUUGGCCAGAGAGUGGUUAAAUUCAACGAAGGAUCUGGAUCAGGCACACCCUUGUCUUUGUCGAACUUUUGGAACCUUGGACUUCCUUAUUGGCUCACAUCGUCUAUUGAGGAGAUGUAUUCUUUAGAUAGUCAGUCCGAAGUAGACCUCGAUCAUUCAGAGUGUUUCCGCCUGUUGCCAGGGAGAGUUGACAUAGAGUUGAUCGUUGAUAUUCCUGAAUACGCUGAUCUAAUAGAGCAACCACAAGAAGGAUGCAUAUGGUGUCAGGCUAGAGGGGCAGCAUCUGAAAUCUCAGGGGUAGAGAGACAAACUGCACCGUCACAGAAGGUGAGUGCGACGCAAAAGUUUUAUGAUGACCUUGAUAGCCUUAUCUUUACAACACCUGGAGAAGGAUCAACUACAGAAGCAGAAAGCCAGCCCUCUGGCGAGGAGUUGCAAGAAGGUAGAGUCCGCAUUGGUUGCACGAUCAACACUAGUCCCGGAACAAGUGAGGCUGUUAUUUACGCUGCACUUUACUUGAGGCUGAAGAAGAAUUUGAAUUCUCAAGGCGAUAACCAAGAGAUCAAAGCAGCGAAGAUAGCCGACAUUUUGGAGCCCAAGAGGAAAUCUAGAAGAGACAUGCUCAUUAAGCUCCUGAUGUUGUCAGAGAGAGAGUUGGAAGACGUCGUUUUUAUGAGACCUCUUAACGUCAGGCUCAAGUUCAACUGCGACCUCCACCCUAAAGGAGAGCACUCGAAGGAAAUAGUUGUAACCGAUUCAACUGUGGAAGCUCGCGUUACCCUUAAGUAACCGGAUUUCGAGCUUAUAAUCUCGUUUCUGAGGUGAGGGUGUUGGUGUUGGUGCUGAAGGAGUCCAAACACAGCUUUUUUAACGUUUCAAUAAGGCUGCAUCUAUACUGAUUUCAUCAUCUUCUUCACCCUUUACUUAAAUUAUUUGUCACAAUUAUUUGGGUUUAUUUGAAUUCCCCCAAAAAAUAAUUUCAAGCUCGAAUAAGCUCCGGUGAUUUUGCGUAUGAAGCAUGCGAUAUCAAACAUAGGCUCGGUAAUCUACGACUCAGGUUUUUCUCAUAAUAAAUUUUGUACAAAUAUCUUUAAACAAGCGUCUAUUAUUGUAUUGAUCCGACCCGAUAGUACAUGUUUUGGGAAUGUUCAGUGUCAGCUACUGAAUGGCCUUAAGACGCCAAUCCUCGGACUACAUAAUAUACUCUAUCCUACUAUUACACCCAAAUGCGAAUCCGAUUAUAAGUGAGGAUGUUUUGUGGGAAGGGAAUUGAGUUCUUUCUCACUAAAGUCUUGAAUUAUUAACUUCUUUUGCAACUUUAAUCUUCUUUACACUCUCUUUUAUUCUCUUUUUGCAGAUAUUUUCACCAAAAAAGUGUAUGGUUUUAUAACUUUAUUCUAUAGUUAGACAGCGCCGUGGUUUUCAGCUUCAAUUCCAAGAUUGAUGGGAAUCCGGAUUGCCACUAAUUUCAAAUUUAUUCCAAAUAAUUAACUUCAAAUUACAUAAAUCAAAUACAUCCGAACUUGAGAAUUCUUCUUUUGUGACAAUUAUAAUUUAAUUUGAUUGGUUGGUAAAUGCUUAGAGGAAUAAUACUCAUGCACUAGAAGGAUUCGACAAAUUCCUAUAUAAAGACGACCGAAAUCAUACAUUUUCAUCCAAUUGUAAUUAUCUCCACAUUCAUAAAAUAAUAUAAACUCAUGGCAUCCCUUCAGGUUGAUCGUGCAACUGAUGUGAUCACGGAAGCUGAAGUUACCAGUAAAGAGCCGUCUCCGGCGGCAGUGGCAGCGGCGGCGCCGGAAAAUGCAAAACCCUUGGAUGUGGAGGACGAGGAAGAUCUGGAAGACUUGACCGAGCCAACAUACGAAGAGAAGGUUGGGAAUUCCGACAACGAAGAUGCCGAAUACUCGCCGUUCAUGGAGAGGGAAGAAGAAGAAGAAGAAGCGGCGCCGCCUUUAAGUUACGGCGGAGGACCGGCCACCUUCGACGAUUUUAAUGAAGAUGAUGACGAGGACCACAUCGUUUAAUCAAAAUAUUCAUAUAAUCUCAACAUUAUAAGCCAACAAUAUUUAUGUAAGGAAUUUGAGUUGGCUUUCUUUGUGGGAUCAUGGUGUUGUUUAGGUUAACUAUAUGGAGUAUUAUAUUAUAGGCUUGUUUACCCAUAUUAUUGAAUUUUAGGCUUGUUUGUUUGGCAGAAAAGUAAUACUUAGUAGAAUAUGAUUUAUAAGAAUAUAAUAUUUAAAAUUAUAA